CUCUCGAGAAGUUAUUGCUGGGCGAGAAAAAGUUCUUUUUUAGUGCAAGUCUCACAGAGACCUAAUAUAUCCCGACAAAGCUCACCCGAUAUAAAAGGUUUAACAGUAGAUCGAUUAUCUAACAAAAAUUUGUUGGCGAGAACUUCUUUUUGGUUGAAAUAUCUCGGAGGUUCGAAGUUUGCCGAGAAAGCUCAAUCAAAAUACUAAACUGUCUUCGAUAUGAAGACCAAAAAAUUCCUUAAAGUUUAUCCAAAUCAACUGAUUUUCUUAGUUUCCCUUAGUCUGAUUGAAUUUUACUAUGGAAUUGUGGGCGCCCAAAAUUCGCCGAUUGGGCCCAUUUGUCCAUCAGGUGUGUCAAGUACCGGGAGCGGGUGUGUGUGUAACCGAAAUGUCACAUUUGUCAAGGGAGAGAUGGGCUAUCCUGGACCAAGGGGACCCAUGGGAUUUCCAGGAGAGAGAGGCCCGGAAGGUGCCAGAGGAGGCGCAGGGGUCAAAGGUCACAAAGGCGGAAAAGGAGAUCUUGGACCAAAAGGAUAUCGCGGCAUGACAGGAAAAGAGGGAACUCCGGGACCUAGAGGAUAUCCAGGGCUUCCGGGAUCCAGGGGUGCCAAAGGUGACAAUGGUGUGACAGGAUGUCCAGGAACCAAAGGAGAUCGAGGCAUUCCUGGAAUGUCAAGUACUGCCUUCAGUAUCCCUGGACCACAGGGACCCAUCGGACCGAAAGGUGAACCGGGACAAAGUCUUGGAUCCUGCGGAUCUCUGAAAGGGGAAAAGGGGCUUCAAGGAGUUCCAGGAAUUCCAGGAGCUCCAGGGUUCCAGGGACUGCGAGGCAUCGACGGACUUCCCGGACUGCCUGGUCAGAUGGGCAUGAAGGGGGACAGGGGAAGUGUUGGAUUCCCUGGACAGAAGGGCAUGUCAAUUGUGGGUACCAAAGGAGACAAGGGCGAGUUUGGACUAGGAGGGGUGCCUGGACGUAACUGUGAUGCCACCACAUUUCCUAUUGGAUCAGUUCAGGUCAUCAAGGGGGAUCCUGGACCGAAGGGUCUGAAGGGAGACAUGGGAUUUCCGGGAAAACCGGGACUUCCCGGAAUGGCGGGUGUGAAUGGUGCACCGGGCUACCCUGGAUCAAAAGGCGAAAGAGGACUGAUUGGACCUUCCGGUCUUGAUGGAGCACCUGGGCUGCCUGGACCCAAGGGCGACCGUGGAUUCUCAGGGCGUCCGGGUACCAACGGCUUGGCUGGUUUUCCCGGUGCCAAGGGUCAAAAAGGAGAAACAGGCCCUGCGGGUGUUCGUGGAUUUCCAGGGGCUAUGGGUCCUCCUGGAGGAAUUGGAAAGCUAUCUGUAGUGGGACCCCAGGGUCUCCCUGGACCAAUGGGUCCAGUCGGUUUGCCAGGUCGACCAGGACUCCGAGGGUCUGCAGGAACUCCUGGAAUGAUGGGACCUCCAGGAGCUGCAGGGUUCGAUGGUCCUGCUGGAGUUCCGGGAGUGCCAGGAGUGGGUGAAAAGGGAGAUAAAGGACUGCCUGGAAUCCCUGGACCUCGAGGUCUUGCCGGUGCAGCUGGAUUGCCAGGAAGACUGGGUCCAAAAGGACUGAAGGGUGAAAGAGGAGAGACCAUAAUGGGUCCCAGAGGCCUCCCUGGAAACCCCGGACUUCCUGGAUACCAGGGAACUAUGGGUACAAAGGGAGACAGAGGCGUUCCAGGAGUUCCCGGGUUACCAGGAAACCAAGCGUCUUCCAGAGGAGCUCCAGGCAUGCCUGGACUUCCUGGAAACCCUGGAGAUUUGGGAGCUCCGGGUAUCCAGGGUCCAAGAGGAUACCCGGGUCUCAUAGGUCCCAAAGGAGACAGCUGCAACAGAUGUCAGACAUACGACUGCCCUGGACCGAAAGGGGACCCGGGUAUGCCUGGCAUGAUGGGCCUGAAAGGAGAGAGGGGUCUUCCUGGACUCCAGGGACCUGCUGGAAUGCCUGGGCCAACUGGGUUGCGGGGACUUCCGGGAUUCGCGGGAGCUCCUGGCUUUCCCGGAGACAGUGGACCAGUGGGUGUGCCUGGAUCGAAGGGAAUCAAGGGUGAGACGAUGUAUCUGCCAGGGUACCAGGGGAUCAAAGGAGACAUGGGGUUUCCUGGAGUCAAGGGUCCGCUGGGGCCUCCAGGUCUGACAGGGGUGAAGGGGGAGAGAGGCUACCCUGGGGGAUCAGGUCUAAAGGGUGAAAAAGGAAACCAAGGUAACGAUGGUAGAACUGGGUUAAUGGGACCCCCUGGACCAAGAGGGUUCCCGGGAGAGAAGGGUAACCCUGCAGUCGGAAUGCCAGGCCAGACUGGACCCAGGGGACUGAAGGGUGACAGGGGAAUAGUUGGAUUGCCCGGUCAACGGGGUGCCAAGGGUGAAUCGUACAUGGGAUCCAUCAACCCUGUGGUAGUCAAGGGGAAUCCAGGGCCUGUGGGAGUUCCAGGAGCUCCAGGCAUGCCGGGUGACAGAGGACUGAAGGGCUCGCGAGGCGCUGUGUGUCCAGUCGGAAUAUCUGGUCAGAAAGGAGACAGGGGGAUGGACGCCGCAGGAAUAGCUGGACUCCCAGGGGCCAAGGGAGACCGUGGUUUCACUGGACCUGCGGGUCAACCAGGUUCACCGGGGUGGAAGGGAGAGAGGGGAAUACCUGGAUUGCCUGGAACUGUCGGGCCUAUGGGACCUAAAGGUGACACACCAUUUGGUCUAACUGGUCCAAGGGGGUACCCCGGGGUCAAAGGGUCUCGUGGAGACUCUGGAUCCCCGGGACCCCAAGGAUAUCCUGGUGCAAUGGGAUCACAGGGAUCCAAAGGAGUUGGUGGACCAGUAGGUCGUACAGGAACUGUUGGCUUGCCUGGACUCAGGGGAAUCAAAGGAGAAUCCGGAUAUGCGAUGCAGGGUGCAAAGGGUGAACCGGGUCUGAUGGGAACUCCCGGUCCAAUGGGAAUUCCUGGAUAUUCAGGACAGAAAGGUGACAAAGGAUCAUCUGGUCGCGACGGUCUGAGAGGUGCAAAGGGAGAUCGCGGUUAUGCUGGACAACCAGGUGUAACUGGACCCAGAGGAGUUCCGGGAAUGAGCGGAGACAUUGGAAGCCAAGGACCGGUAGGAAGACCAGGAGCGGCUGGAAUGCCGGGUUCCAGAGGACUUACCGGAAACGUGGGGCCCAUAGGGAGACCUGGAUAUGCUGGACUGAAAGGACCCCGAGGCACAAAGGGAGAACCAGGUCUUACUGGGUUGCCCGGCGUGCCCGGUCUUCAGGGCUACCCUGGAUCGAAAGGCGCCAAGGGCAACCAAGGUACCCCUGGAUACAAUGGUCAGCCAGGUAUUCCUGGAUCUAAAGGUGACCACGGUCUCCCAGGACCAGCGGGUCUUCCGGGGUUUGCUGGACAGCCAGGUCUAAUGGGAGAAAACGGAAUGACUGGAUUGACUGGACCAAUGGGUCCCGUUGGACAGAAAGGGUUAAGAGGUCUUCCAGGAAUGCCUGGCCAAAAGGGUGAUGUUGGAUACACUGGAUUCAAAGGCGAUCCUGGCUUCAUGGGCCUUCCAGGAAUGGCUGGUCAACCUGGUUCUAAAGGAUCUCCAGGAGCGCCUGGAAGUCCCGGCAUGACUGGGACUCCAGGGCGUCAGGGAGCCAAAGGAGAACUCGGACGAGCGGGAAUGCCUGGACAACCUGGAUCUAAGGGUCAAGUAGGGUUUCCAGGCCUGGCGGGCGCCCCUGGAUUUAAUGGUGCACCGGGACGAAAAGGAGAUAUUGGACCUCAAGGUCUUUCUGGAGUACCUGGAUUGAAUGGACCCAUGGGGCCAAAAGGAGACAGAGGAAUGCCAGGGCAGUCUGGAUUGAAUGGAGAAAGGGGGAUUCCAGGGGCCAGUGGGCAGCCGGGAUUAACUGGACCAAUGGGGUUGCGGGGGUUACCGGGUGCACCUGGAUUAAAAGGAGACACCGGAUAUCCUGGUCAGAAAGGAGCUGCGGGUUUGCCUGGAUCUAAUGGGUUGAAUGGCUAUUAUACAAAUCAUCUAAUUUUUAAAGGUCCUCAAGGAUUUCCUGGACCCAAAGGAGACGCUGGAAAACCAGGUCCAGUGGGACCGAUGGGGUUUAAGGGCAACCCUGGAUUCCUAGGACCCAAAGGGAACAAAGGCGAAAACUGUUUCGACGUAAUAAAUAGGUCCACUACAAUUGCAGGAGUGAAGGGAGAACUGGGAUUCAAAGGAGAAAAAGGUCAACCUGGAAUGGCCGGAAGAAACGGUGCUGACGGAGCAAGUAUAAUGGGCCCGAAGGGAGAUCCUGGACUUCGAGGAGCUUCGGGACCCCGGGGACUUCCAGGUCUCAUCGGUUCUCCAGGCAUGAAAGGAGAUCUGGGAUAUCCAGGGGCCAAAGGAGCGAUCGGACCCGCAGGAUAUGGAACUCCUGGAUCUGACGGUCUACCAGGUGUCCAGGGCGACAGGGGUCUCCCCGGAAUGCCUGGUAACUCGGGUAUCGCUGGAUACCCUGGCACAAAGGGAACAAAAGGAGAACCCGCGAGUGAAGGACCCAAAGGGGACCGCGGAUUUCCAGGGGUACCCGGACCCAUGGGUCCCAAAGGCGACAGAGGAGUACCGGGAUCUCCUGGCAUCCAGGGACGGAUCGGGGCUCCAGGGUCCGUGGGUGCUCGAGGCUACCCUGGACUGAAAGGCGAAGUUGGGCCAUCUGGUGCAAUGGGAAUGGCAGGUCCCCUGGGUCCUCCUGGUUCUUCUGGAAUGCGUGGCUUACCAGGUCCGCCAGGGUUGCAGAGUUCGAUAAGUGGGUUUCUUCUCACCAGACACAGUCAGACCACAAUUGACCCAGUGUGCCCCACUGGAACUAACCAGAUAUACUCAGGAUACUCAAUUUUAUAUAUUCAGGGCAACGGAAAAUCGUACGGACAAGAUCUAGGGUCGCCCGGAAGUUGUCUGAACAAACUACAGCCUAUCCUGUUUAUGAGCUGUGACGUGAACAAAAAGUGCAAUGUGGCCUUGCGAAAUGAUUUCACUUACUGGCUGAGAUCUGAGCAGUCGAUACCGACUAGUCAGUCCAUUGACGUGGGGUCAAUGACCGAUUACAUCAGUAGAUGUACAGUAUGUGAGGCGCCCAAGCCGGUCUUUGCAGUGCAUAGUCAAAAUAAGGAGUACCCUGAAUGUCCGAGGGGCUGGGGUUCAUUAUGGACCGGAUUCAGUUACUUGAUGGAGACUGGAGCUGGGGGCGAGGGUGCCGGAAGUAGUCUUGAGUCGCCCGGAUCCUGUCUGGAUUCCUACCGGGCAACUCCAUUCCUCGAAUGUCACGCCAAGGGAACCUGUAACAACUUCGCCACUUCUCUCUCCUUCUGGCUCAUGGCCACCGAUGCCUCCCGAAACCUCGCAGCUCCCGCCGAAAUGUUCACAUUUACAGAAAAGGAAGCUAGAGAGUUAAUAAGUCGAUGUAGAGUUUGCAUAAAACUCUAAAUUUGUGGUUCUUUGUAAGCUAACUAAACCCUUUUUUAAAAAAUAAAUGUUAAUGUUGAAAACGUUCUCUACUAAACUCACUUAAGAUUAGAAAACUGUUGAGUAUUAACUCAUCAAAUUUGGAUGAG